AUGAGAACCCUUAAAAAGAUAAGUUCUGACAUAAGAUGUAAAGAAGAUCGCAAACGCUCCCGUUAUGAAUAUUAUUUUGAUGGAGUAAAAGUUUGCCAUGAAACCUUUCUGGUUGUCUUUGAUGUUAAAGACAGGCAACUAAGAAAUAUCAAACACCAUAUGGAAGAACACGGUGCUCAACCACGUGUUCACGGUCAUACAGGAAGACGUGCUCCAAAUGCAUUUUCUCCAGACGUUAUUAAAGAUGCAGUUCAGUAUAUACUGAGUUACGCGAACGAGGAGGGUUUGCCUCAGCCUGCAGCACUAAGGAAGAGGGAUGAUGAGGCCCCUAUAUAUUUACCGUCGUCUGAUACAAAACAUUCAGUGCAUAGUGAUUACGUUACACGCUGUACGGAAGUUGGGAAGCGGUAUGUUGGUUUAUCAACAUUUAAAGAUAUAUGGAAAAAUUGUGUGCCUCAUAUAAAAAUAGCGUCGCCGAAAGAGGAUGUGUGUAAACAAGAG